UCUCGUGCCACCUCUUACCGUCUCUAUUCUUCCUUCUUCUUCGACGAGAGUGGAGAAAUCGGCGAUUGGAUUUCUCAACGGAAAUCGUUUCAUCGCCACCACCCCAUUAAACCAUCUCUGCGCCAUGAAUUCUUCUUUAAUGGGUUCGUUUUUCCUUCCUGUAUCUCCUCCUAUUUAUAUCGGGCCAUUUCCGAAAGGAUUCAAUACUCUCAAAAAUGUCAAGAAUGAUGAAUUCCAACAGCAAGACCUCUGUUUCCGGCGAUCUUACCUCCGCGAAGUUGAUCAACUACACCGGUGAGCCUGUGAACCGUUCCUCUGAAACCGCCAAUUCCUAUGUCGUAGCUAGGCCAAAAAAAGGCAUAACUGGUGACUCCUCCGCCAACGCUGUCGCCGGUGAAGCUAGGUACAAGAAACGCCAAGGAAAGGCCGUUGUCUCCUCUGACAAGUCCGAUGCAGUUUUGUCCUUCAGGGAUUUGGGACUCGGACCACACGAAGACGCCUUUAGGUCUAGAGAUGCUGCUCAUCAACGAGCAGGGUAUUGUGAUUCAGGGGUUUAUUCCACCAGGGAGGAUUGACACCUAUCUGCCACACUUGGUUGCUUGUUCCAUAUACAGACUCACCAACUUCUACGGGUCUAAGAGCAAAAUUGUGUACCGUGUUGCUGAGCCAAAUGUGACCGUGACUUUCUCUUGGAACUCCGUCCUCUCUGUUUCAGCGGACAGUACGGCUGGGUUUACUGAGGAUCGGCUCUGAUUCUAUGGGCACAAGGAAUUUGAUGAGGCCUGAGACAGUAAAGGAGACCUUUAUGGUAAGCUCUCAAUCCAUAUAAUUGUGUAAACAGAUUGGUUUUGAUUAUGUUAUGAUGAAAUAUUGGUUGGUUGUAUCUGAUCUUUGCAAUUUUGGCUGUUAGUCUAGAGAGUAUUAAACAUUUUAAGGCUGGUUUGAUCUUGACCCAAGAAAAUAUGUAUCUUCAGUUUGGUUUUCAACGUUUUAAGGCUUUAAUAUUGCUUUGGCUUAGAUGAUCUCAUGUUUCUAUCUCAUG